CGGAAAAAAGAGAAUUUACGAAGAGUGGGCUGAGCCCAAAAAGAAAAAAAGCAACGGGCUAAAGCAAACAGCCCAAGGGCACCAAGAGGCCCAAACUCAAUUACAGCGACUGUUGUAACGGUUAGAGAUGAGACAGUGGCCUGGAUUGCAAUGCUUCGCGCCAAAGGAGAGUCUCUAUAUGAGCAAGACAGAUGAUGCAACGCAAUCAGUGAUUCCCUUCAGAAUCGAGGAGGCGGUAGAGGUAGAAUAUUUAAAGACACUGGCAUUCCUUUCGAGCCAAACAUGGCAUGGCGGGAAUAGAGGGCUGCUCAGAGAGAGGUUUCCCAAGGGGUUCUUGUUCGGGACGGCCACUUCAGCUUAUCAAGUGGAAGGCAUGGCGGACAAGGACGGCCGGGGUCCCAGCAUCUGGGAUACCUUCGUUAAAAUUCCUGGAACUAUAGACAAUAAUGAUACCGCAGAUGUUGCUGUGGACCAAUAUCAUCGUUACAAGGAAGAUAUUGAUCUCCUGGCAAAACUCAACUUCGAUGCCUACCGCUUCUCAAUUUCAUGGUCCAGGAUAUUCCCAAAUGGAACUGGGAAAGUAAAUGAAAAGGGAGUUGCUUAUUACAACAGGUUGAUCGACUACAUGCUCGAAAGAGGCAUUACACCUUAUGCCAAUCUUCAUCACUAUGAUCUUCCUCAAGCACUUCAGGAUAGGUACCUGGGAUGGUUGAGCCCUCAAGCUGUGAAGGACUAUGCAGAUUAUGCAGAUUUUUGCUUCAAAACAUUUGGAGAUAGAGUGAAGAACUGGUUUACAUUUAAUGAACCAAGAUGUAUGGCUGCACUUGGGUAUGACAACGGCAUCCAUGCCCCCGGAAGAUGCUCCAAAUCAUAUGGAAACUGCACUGCUGGAGAUUCUGCAACUGAGCCAUACACCGUCACUCAUCAUUUGCUCUUAAGUCAUGCAGCUGCAGUUCAGAGAUAUCGCGAGAAGUAUCUACAAGAACAGAAGGGAAGGAUUGGCAUUCUCUUGGACUUUGUCUGGUAUGAACCUCUUACAAAUUCAACGGCUGACAUUGAUGCAGCUCAAAGAGCCAGAGAUUUUCAUGUGGGUUGGUAUUUUCAUCCCCUUGUAUAUGGUGAGUAUCCGAGAAUAAUGCAAGAAAUCGUUGGAGAUAGACUGCCCAAGUUCACAGCUGAAGAGGUUAAGAUGGUAAAGGGAUCAUUUGAUUAUGUUGGUAUCAACCAAUAUACUACUUAUUAUAUGGAGAAUCCACAGAAUCAAACCAAACCAACAGAGUUGGGCUACCAACAGGACUGGAAUGUUGGAUUUGUUUAUGAACGUGAUGGAGUGCAAAUUGGUCCAAAGGCACAUUCUUAUUGGCUGUACAAUGUACCUUGGGGUCUGUUCAAAGCAGUGAUGUACAUCAAAGAAAAUUAUGAAAAUCCUGCUAUUAUUUUGGCUGAAAACGGAAUGGAUGAUCCUGGUAAUGUGACCCUGCCUAUGGGUUUGUUCGACACCACAAGGGUCAAUUACUACAAGGGCUAUUUGACUGCUCUGAGGAAGGCAGUUGAUGAUGGAGCAAAUGUGAUCGGAUACUUUGCGUGGUCAUUGCUUGACAACUUCGAAUGGUUAUCAGGCUACACUUCAAGAUUUGGCAUUGUGUAUGUCGAUUACACAACCCUCAAUAGGUACCCCAAGAUGUCUGCCUAUUGGUUCAAGGAAGGACUUCGCCAGAGCAAGCAUUAGGCGGCCACACUUUCUUCAUUAUGUUAAUAGGUUUUUAGGCAUAUACUAUAUAUAUUCUUAGUUAGGGUUUAGUUAAUUAUAAAACAAUCAGUGUUAUGCAGUGAGUAGCUCUAGUCAAUGACUUGAUUCUUAUAUAUACAUACAUUCUUAAUAGUAACAGUUUUUUUUAC